UAUGAGGUUAAAGUAGUCGAAAAAUGCCGCAAGGAACAAGAAAGAAACCAUUUAGUGGUAAAGCGAAAAAACAGCAAUUGCAAGCCAAAAAGCAAAGACAGAGUUCGGUUUUACUCACUGGGAGUCAUAGCAGAUACAAUGAAGAGAAAGUAUACAGUACUGAUUUUGAAUGUAACGCUAUACAAAAAAUUAAUAAACAACCAAAAGAUAAUAGUUCUUCAAGAAACAAAUAUACUUUACAAUUCUUUCAAGAAAGCAAAGAAGAACUGUUGAAACGUAAGGAACAAGCUAGAAGUUCUAUUGAACCCUUAUCUGUUAAAGAUCAAGAAGUAUCUAAUAAUUAUUAUCCAUCUGAAAUUAAUAUGCCGAGAAGGCCACUAUGGGAUUUUAAUAUGUCAAAGGAACAGUUAGAAUUGAGAGAACAAAAAUAUUUUACUGAAUAUCUCAAAGACAUGGGAAAAUUAAGUACUAUUAGUUACUUUGAAUUAAAUUUAGAAACUUGGAGGCAAUUAUGGAGAGUUUUAGAGAUGUCUGAUAUUUUAUUAAUUAUCGUGGAUAUCAGAUAUCCUGCUUUAAUGUUUCCUCCAUAUUUAUAUCAAUAUGUAACAGAUGAACUUAAGAAAGACAUGAUUUUAAUACUGAACAAAGUUGAUUUAGCUCCACCAGCUUUAGUAAUAGCAUGGAAAGAAUAUUUUCAUACUAUGUAUCCAAAAUUACAUAUUUUGAUGUUUACAUCAUAUCCUAUUUAUAAUUUGCAUGGGAACACAAAUGAAACAGAAGGAAUAAAACAAAGACGUAAGAGGCAAAAACUUAAAAUGGCUGCAGAAGGAGCUCAGAAACUAUUGGAGACAUGCAAGGAAAUUGUUAGAGAUAAUGUAGAUUUAACUUCUUGGCAAGAUAAAAUUCAGGAAGAAAUGCAAGUGGAAUUCGAUUUAGAUGAUGUUGAUCAUAAAGAGAAUAUUACUAUUGAAAAAGAAGAUACAAGUUAUUUCAAGCAUGAACAUUAUAAAAAUGGAGUUUUAACAAUUGGAUGUAUUGGGACUCCAAAUGUUGGUAAAUCAUCUUUGAUGAAUGCAUUAAUGGGAAGAAAGGUUGUUAGUGUAUCACGUACACCAGGACAUACUAAACAUUUUCAAACUAUAUUUCUCACAAAAACUGUUUGUCUCUGUGAUUGCCCAGGAUUAGUAUUUCCAUCUACAGUGCCUAAACAAUUACAAAUAUUAAUGGGAUCUUUUCCAAUAGCUCAAGUCAGGGAACCAUACACAGCAAUUAAAUUUUUAGCUGAAAGGAUAGAUUUACCAAAGAUACUUAAACUACAACAUCCUGAUAAUGACAAUACAUGGUCUGCUUUGGAUAUUUGCGAUAGUUGGGCUACUAAACGAAAUUUCAUUACUGCAAGAGCUGCUAGACUUGAUACUUAUAGAGCAGCUAAUUCAUUAUUAAGGAUGGCACUCGAAGGAAAAAUUUGUAUAUAUAUAUACCCUCCAGAUUGGGUACAGAACAAAGAAAAAUGGGAAAAUCAUUCAGAAAUUGAACUAGUUAGAUGGAUUCAAGCUAGGAAUAAAGAAGAGGCUGUUAGCGAUGUAGGAAAAACAUAUUUUUCAUCCGAAGAUGAAGAUGACGAGGAGGAACACUUAGAAGAUCGAAAAUCUCAAAAGGAGACAUCUAAUAAUUCCGAAGAUUCUAGUGAAACAUCAAGCGGAGAAUCGGAAAUACCGCAUGUAGUAAAUAAAUUUGAAGCAUUAUCUACAGAAGUAUAA